ACGAGCGGCCGCGCGAUUUCCGCCGCCGGGCGCCGUCGUCGCGUGUGUCGGGCCCCAUGGACGCUCCGUUGCCUCCCGCGCGGCUUCCCGGCGAUGGGGACGCGGCGGCCCCCGCCGCCCAGACGAAGGCGGCGUCGAAAACGGGGGUUUCAGAUGGGCUGGCCUUAGAGAAAGAUUUUAUCAAUUCCCCACCAAGAAAAACUGUUCGGUUUGGUGGAACUGUGAUGGAAAUCAUGCUGAAAUACAGAAAGGGUGAAACAAAUGACUUCGAGUUGCUGAAGAACCAGCUGUUAGAUCCAGACAUAAAGGAUGACCAGGUCAUUAACUGGCUGCAGGAAUUCCGCUCGUCCAUCACCUAUCUAACCAAGGAGUUCGAGCAGCUUGUCAACAUCCUCUUGCGCCUGAAGUGGCUGAACCGAAGUCCCGCCGUGGUGGAGGAGUAUCUCGGUUUCCUCGGUAACCUCGUGUCAGCGCAGACCGUUUUCCUUCGACCGUGUCUCAGUAUGAUCGCUUCUCACCUGGUGCCGCCCCGAGUGGUCAUUAAGGAAGGUGACGUUGAUGUUUCUGAUUCUGACGAUGAAGAUGAGAAUCUUCCUGCAAAUUUUGACACGUGUCACAAAGCCUUGCAAAUAGUAGCAAGAUAUGUCCCAUCGGCACCGUGGUUUCUUAUGCCAAUACUGGUAGAAAAAUUUCCAUUUGUUCGAAAAUCAGAGAGGACUUUGGAAUGUUACGUUCAUAAUUUAUUGAGGAUUAGUGUGUAUUUUCCAACCUUGAGGCAUGACAUUCUGGAGCUUGUUAUUGAAAAGCUGCUCAAGUUGGAUGUGAAUGCACCCCGGCAGGAUAUUGAAGAAGCUGAAGAAAUGGCAGCCCAGGCUGGCGGCGGGGCUGAUGGUCCUGAAGGCCUGUUCAACAUGGAUGAAGAUGAAGAGACAGAACAUGAAACGCAGCAUUCUGGAUUUCUUGAUGAGAUGGUCCAUCCUGUAGCUGAACGCCUGGACAUCCUCUUGUCUCUGCUCCUCAUCUACAUGAGGGAUGUCUGCUACAUAGACGGUAAGAUCGAUGUCACCAAAACGAAGGAUUUAUACCGAGAUCUCGUGACAAUCUUUGACAAGCUCCUGUUGCCCACCCAUGCCUCGUGCCACGUGCAGUUUUUCAUCUUUUACCUGUGUAGUUUUAAGCUGGGAUUCGCAGAAGCAUUUUUGGAACAUCUUUGGAAAAAAUUGCAGGAUCCAAACAACCCUGCCAUCAUCAGGCAAGCCGCUGGAAAUUACAUUGGAAGCUUUUUGGCGAGAGCUAAAUUUAUUCCUCUUAUCACUGUGAAGUCGUGCCUGGAUCUUCUGGUUAACUGGCUGCACACGUACCUAGAUAACCAGGAUUCUGGAGCAAAGGCAUUUUGUGACGUUGCUCUCCAUGGACCGUUUUAUUCAGCCUGCCAGGCUGUCUUCUACACGGUUGUUUUCAGACACAAGCAGCUGCUUAGCGGGAACCUGCGGGAAGGUUUGAGAUACCUUCAGAGUCUGAAUUUUGAACGGAUUGUGAUGAGUCAGCUCAACCCUCUCAAGAUUUGCCUGCCCUCGGUGGUUAACUUUUUUGCUGCUAUCACCAAUAAGUACCAGCUCGUCUUCUGCUACACCAUCAUCGAGAGAAACAAUCGCCAGAUGCUGCCGGUGAUCAGAAAUACAGCAGGAGGGGACUCGGUGCAGACCUGCACCAACCCCCUCGAUACCUUCUUCCCCUUCGACCCCUGUGUUCUGAAGAGGUCCAAGAAAUUCAUCGAUCCUCUCUAUCAGGAAUGGGAAGGCAUGCGUGCCGACGAGCUUCAGGAGUUCAGGAGGCCCGUGACCAGGGAGCUCGCGGAAGACGAAGAAGAUGAUUUUCUGAAAGGUGAAAUUGGCAUCACACCCAGCUCCUUUGAUGCUCAUUUCCGGAGCCCCCCGAGUAGUGCAGGCUCCCCACCCAUGUGGUACCUGCCCGACCCGUCCCCUCGGAUCGCGGGGGUCUGACCGAGCGUCUGCAGCCCUCCCUGCCCUGCCCUGUGUUCGUGGGGUCCCUACUACUGAAGCAUCGCAGCACACUCACGGAGUCUGCGCGGGCAUCUCCCGUGCCACCCAGCCCGACUUUGUUCCGACUCUCGGCUUCCCGCCAGGCAGAAUGGAAGCACUCCCGAGGGCAGCACCUUCUGUGGGGGGCUGAGGGUAAACAUGGAGGGGCUUGGCUGCUUUGGCUCCUGUAAAGCUAUACUUUAUUUUUUGCAUGCUGUGGCUUAUUGACAUAAUUCUUGUGAAAUUUCUAAUACUGACUAUUGUCGCCACUUUUGAAACAGAACCGUACAGAGAUCCUUUUUCACAUCCAUACAGAGCCACAGUCCAUCUGACUUUUUUUUUUUUUUUUUUUUUUUUUUUUUGGUGACAAACCCUUUGGCACCCUAUUCCGAGACUUUGGAAUGUGUGAGUUGGGGAUCCUGGCGUGUACCCGCUGCGGUGACUUGUGUUUGUGUUGGUGUUCCUGUGGGCCCUCGAGAGUUAGGCGUGUGGGGGGGGGGUGGCCAGAGCUGGUCCAGGACACUGGCGCUUGGAGCUGGCCCUGUGCAGGAGUUCCCGGGGGACUGCAGAGGCAGGAAGAGCCCGGAGGGAAGGGACAGAGGACCGUGAGGGACAGCCAGUGUGUCCUGUGCUAGGGAGUGAAAAGGUGGACGUGGGGAUGCAGUGACUGUGUUUACGGUGAGUGGAUGAGAGGCGGGCGAGAGGCUGGGCGGGACGCAGCCCGAAGUUCUUGACUCAUCGGCUCCCAGGAAGCCGUGAGAACUGAGGUCUUGUCUCUGUGGAGGAGUGUCACCGCGGCUUGCUCUGAACUCACCCUCAGCUGGACAGUUGGAGGUUUUUUUUUUUUUUUUUUUUUUAAUUUUGGUCCAAAGAAAUAGGAAGGGAGAAGGUGGGUGCAGGGGAGUUUUUGGUUGUUUCCGUAGUUCAGAGUUAGAGUGACUGUCUCCAUCGGCUGCUGUUCUUACAGCAGAUCUGGCCCAGUUUCCUCUGGCAAGGCUCUUAUGUUUUCAUACACACCAAAAGAGGAGUCUAAAACCUUCACAGUCCAACACAUCGGUGCAAGAGUUGUUUUUGAAGACUAUUCUAGUUUCAUCCUUUGUGUCCUUUUUGUUACGUGUUGAAAAAAGCGGUGUCUUUAACCAUAUUUAUUUUUUUUUUCCCUGGUACUCUAUUUAAAGUUAAGCAGUAUUUUCUUGAUCAUAAAUAUUUUGUAUUGAAAUACUUUGCCCUGGGUCUUUGUAUAUGUGCUUGUGUAACUAUUGAUGGCAACACAGAGUUUGAAUUUGUCUGUAAAAACCGUUUUUGGAUAAUAGAAAUUUUUUGUUGCUUUACAAAAUUUUGGAUGAUGGUGACUUGGUGGAAAGUAAUUUGAGAAUUGGAAGAUUCUGUGUUUUGUUUUUUAACUUUCUGCGGGAAAGGUGGGGGUCUCAUGUUCAAGUGAAAAACUAGCAAAUGUAUCUUUGUGUCUUUGUGGUUUCAGUGUACAAGAAUAUAUUUACAAAUAUGCUUGUUUCAGUGGAGUUUGAAGGGGAAAAGUCCUUUGUGAAAAUAAAACAAUAACAUGGUUAAUUUGAAACUUUGUUCUUAUGUCACAAGGGAGUGUCACAAUAAAGUGAUUUCUCAUUCA